CUCUUAGGACUUUUGGAUGCCUAUAAAUUGGAGACAAAAUGCAUAAAUACCCUUUGACAAAAGUAUAGCAUUCUUCUUGCACCAUUUUUCUUGUCAAGAAUGGUUGGUGAUUCAGAAAGCAAUGAAAUUCAUCAUGAGGUGGUUUUAGAUGUAAAUGAUGAUGCCUCAAAAAAUUGUGAUGAAGAGUCAGGGAUCAAAGACUCUGUGCCCCUUAUAAAGAAGUUGGUAGCGGAAGUGGUGGGAACAUACUUGAUGAUAUUUGCUGGUUGUGCUGCUGUUAAUGUGAACUUAAACAAUGAUCAUGUAGUGACACUUCCUGGAAUUGCAUUUACUUGGGGAUUCACAGUUAUGGUAUUGAUUUAUUCUGUUGGUCACAUUUCUGGUGCUCAUUUCAACCCUGCUGUUACCAUUGCUCAUGCUUCCACUAAAAUAUUUCCCCUCAAACAGGUACCAGCUUAUAUUAUAGCUCAAAUUGUUGGAUCCAUAUUAGCAAGUGGAACCCUUAGACUUAUAUUUAAUGGUGAAGAUGAUCAUUUUAUUGGAACACUUCCAGCUGGUUCUAACCUGCAAGCUUUUGUAAUUGAGUUCAUAUGCACUUUCUUCCUUAUGUUUGUUAUUACUGGAGUGGCCACUGAUAACAGAGCGAUUGGUGAAUUAGCAGGGCUUGCAGUUGGGUCUACAAUAAUAGUAGAUAUAUUGUUUGCAGGACCAAUGACAGGAGCAUCAAUGAAUCCUGCAAGGAGUUUAGGACCUGCUAUCUUGUACCAUGAAUAUACAGGAUUAUGGAUAUAUUUGAUUUCACCAACUCUAGGAGCUUUGGUAGCUACAUGGACUUACAAUUUCAUCAAACACACCAACAAGUCAACGCAUGAUGAGCUCACCAAGAUUGAGCUCACCAGGAUUGUCCCCUCCUUCGGCAAGAGCAGGUCUGUUGUAUGUAAAAUGUUAUAAACCGCUGUCAACAAGGUCGUAACAAAAUCAAAUGAUUCCGCAACAAAUCCAAUAGUGCCCACAGUUUCAUCAUGUAUUAGGGUUUAAAUGUUUUGAUCUGGUUUUGAUUGUCAUAUAUAUAACAAUGUAAUCUACUUAGGAAAAUGAAAUGAGCAUAUUCUUCUUUAUCAUUCAUCAAUUUGUAAGAAAUGAAGGACCUUUGUUCAUGAAUAAAAGCAUGUGUCCCUUUUCCUAAGGUCCCCUCCCUUAGCUGACAAAUUCACAAUUAACAUGUUCAGAUUUUUAGAGAAAGAAAAGUGUGUGAAAUCAAUGUUACACCACAAGCCUUUUAUUAAAAGCAAGGCCGGGGAUCCUUCCUACGAUAGCUCCUACAUUGAUUCCUUAU